AAAAUCUCAGUAGGCCUUAUAGGAUCAGUCAAAUGAAAUUACUUUGAAUUCACCACUGAGCUGCGCCAGCAUUAAAUUUCACUGGCGAUAAUAUAUUUUUGCACAUCCCGAUUUCAAAAUUUAAUGCGGAGAUUAUUUAGCUAGAUUAUUUGACAAGGAAGACGUUCAACUUGUAAUAAUGUCAAGCUACCUAUUUCCAGGCAGAAACAACGAGAAAACUGAACCUAACAGAUGGUGGAUUAGGUUUGGGCUGCGGCUCGGUGUUAGUGCAGCUCUCCAUCCCUUUGAUUACUCCAAGACGUUAAUACAGUUGGGCUAUGAGCCAGUGCCACCCCAGCAAGGAACGUCGUUGCUUGGCAGGCCCAUUCUGCUACUGCCAAACAUCUUGCAGUACACUGCUCACAUAAAAAAGAUCGAUGGCUUCUGCGGCUGCUACAGAGGAUUGGCUCCAAAGAUGGUUGGCUCACUCAUAAGCAUGGUGGUUAGCGAGCGAUUGACCCAUCAAUUGGGCUUUUCCCCUCAAGAAGAUGUUAAAGACAAUUCGGAAUUGUCCAAAGAGGAGAUUUAUGCUCAGUUCAAGGAAACCCUAAAGCGGGAUAUAGUAUUGACGGUCAGCGGCAUUGUAGUCUCGCAUCCUUUUCAUGUGAUCACAGUGCGCAUGAUGGCCCAGUUCGUAGGACGGGAGAGGUUGUAUACCUCAAUAAUCGAUUCCAUUGUCGAAAUCUGGAAAACGGAAGGAGUGCUCGGAUUCUUUGCUGGCCUCGUACCCAAACUGCUUUGCGAUGUGGUCUGUGUGGUUUUGAGCAGCUCCACUAUUUACAUGCUCAAUAAAUAUUUGAUAAAGGAUCAUCUGGCCAGGCAAUAUAAUGCAAGAAUCACUCAAUUCGCCUUUUCCAGUUGGCUGUAUUCCCUUCAAGUGGCCUCAACCUGCUCGGUGGUUAGCGGAUCACGUCUGACUGCUGGGCAGCCUCCGAUUAUGCCCAUCUAUAGGAACUGGGUGGAUUGCUGGAAAGAUUUGCAAUGCCGCGGGGAACUUAAGCGAGGUAGCUCCCUUUUCUGGCGUUCCCAAUCAUUACAAUCCUCAUCGAUGCCCACCGCCUUUAUCUCUUUGCCGAAAUUAGCCCGUUACCAGUAAAUGUUACAAACCACACUUCCAUUAAGCUUUCGACUUGGCUGUUCUUAAACUUGUUAGUCUCACUACAUUUGAUAACAAGAAUUAUCUGCGUUUUAUUGUUUCGGAAGUUUGAAGAAUAAAUAUUCAUUGUGGCAUCAAA